AUGGCUCCAAAGGGUUCAACCAAAACCUUAUUUCUUGUCCUUGCACUGAUCAGCAUCCUCCUCUUUGACCAAACCGAAGCGCAGAGCCGGCCUAAUCCACGACGGCCUCCACCUCCACCUACACGCCGGCCUCCACCCCCACGUCGUACUCCACCUCCACGUCGACCCCCACCUCCACCACCACUGGUGUGUCCAUCAUGUACUUGUCCACUACCACCUCCUCCUACACCAGCAUCUCCACCAAAUAAUCCACCACCGGAGUUUCCACCGGAGGUUCCAGUUCCACCACCGGAAAUUCCACCACCCAAGAUACCACCACCCGAGAUUACACCACCUGACAUUCCACCACCGGAAAUUCCACCAGCUAAGAUACCACCACCCGAGAUUACACCACCUGACACUCCACCACCGGAAAUUCCACCACCCGAGAUUACACCACCUGACACUCCACCACCAGAAAUUCCACCACCUGACACUCCACCACCGGAAAUUCCACCAGCUCAAACUCCACCACCGGAGAUUCCACCACCCGAGAUUACACCACCUGAGAUUACACCACCUGACAUUCCACCACCAGAAAUUCCACCACCGGAAAUUCCACCACCUGACACUUCACCACCCGAGAUUACACCACCUGACACUCCACCAUCAGAAAUUCCACCACCUGACACUCCACCACCGGAAAUUCCACCAGCUCAAACUCCACCAUCGGAGAUUCCACCAUCCGAGAUUACACCACCUGACACUCCACCACCGGAAAUUCCACCACCUGACACUCCACCACCCGAGAUUACACCACCUGACACUCCACCACCAGAAAUUCCACCACCUGACACUCCACCACCGGAAAUUCCACCAGCUCAAACUCCACCACCGGAGAUUCCACCACCUGACACUCCACCGCCCGAGAUUACACCAUCUGACACUCCACCGCCCGAGAUUACACCACCUGACACUCCACCGCCCGAGAUUACACCACCUGACACUCCACCACCGGAGAUUCCACCACCACCCCCACCACAGACUCCACCACCGCCCACACCGCAGACUCCACCACCUCCUCCCACGUGUCCCAGGAGUGCCACCGAACAAAGGGCAUGCUCCAAUGUUGUAAGACGUUUCGGAAAUUUCCUAGACUUUGGAAGAGCCCAGCCAUGUUGCAACCUCAUUCGCGAUCUAUCUGAUGCUGAUGCAGCAGCAUGCCUAUGUGGUUUGGUGCAACCACAAGGUCAACGACGUUCCACUCCUUCUCGCAAUAUAUAUGUCCUUUGUAGGGUUUGUGGCCGGAGGAUCCCACGGGGCUUCACCUGCCCAUAA